AUGAAUGAAUCCGCUCAAGGCAGCAAUCCUGGAGACCUUGAUGAUCUCAAUCGGGCGGUAAACGUGCAUGAUCUAGUGGCUCAGUAUCGUGUUCUCGCCCGUGAAUAUACUCAACAAGUUGCUAUGAAGGACGAGUUGUUUGGGCGUGAAAAAGAACUCCACCGGCUACUCAUAGCAGUUGAUGAAAUGCUUCAGCAGGUUCUCAUGGAUAGAGAAAAUCUUCAGGUCUCUUACCGGGCCAUGGAACUCCAAGGCACUUCGGUAUCAGAGGAUGAAAAGCGUUCCAAACAAGCCAUCAUCAACACCCAGCAAUCAGAAGUUGAGGAGACACAGGAAGAUCUCAAAGUUGAAUUGGACGAUUCGAAAGCUGUGGAUGCCACGAUUAAUGAAAAGAUUGCAGAAAUUCGGGACCGGCUUGAAGAAAUCGACAAGAUAAUUCAAGAAGCUCAUCCUGAAGUUGCCGACCUUCAAAUUCCCUGA